GUUCACCUACUAUCAGAUUCACGAAAAUAUCUCAAAGAUCGUGUAAAUGCGAUGUUCGAGUCCUUCGGACAAGCGGGCAGGAAGUGCAAAAACGUCAUGAGGCUGAACACCGAGGUACCCCGCCCGCGCUCCGAUCAACAACAGCAACAAUGCCAUCUCAUCCGAAGUCCGCAAACUCCUCUGCAUGAAACCUAGAUGUAAUCCCUAAUCUGGAAGUUGUCAACCUUCCCCAACCAAAAUCUUCCGUUCAGGUACUCGAAAUACGCCACGCUACUCGCUCCUUCCAACUAGCCAUUCACCAUGCCGUCCAAAUCCCCCUUCCCCGACAUCGACAUCCCAGAUGUAGACCUCUGGGGCCUCCUCUUCUCGCGCCAGAACCGCGACUUCCCCGACGACAAAGUGAUCUACCGCGCCGUCAACUCGGACCGAAAAUACACCUUCGCGGAUGUAAAAGCGCACGCGACUCUAUUCGGCGAGGGACUGCGCGACGCAUGGGACUGGCAGAAAGACGACAUCCUGGCGCUAUUUGUGCCGAACGACAUCGAUGUGCCGCCGGUCAUAUACGGGACUUUUUUCGCGGGCGGUGUCGUCACGCUGGCGAACCCCGCGUACUCCGCCGACGAACUGGCGUUCCAGCUGGAGAAUUCUGGGGCCAAGGCACUUGUUACGACGAGGGGGUUUUUAGACACGGCGCUCAAGGCGGCGGCGAAGGUGGGAAUUGAUCGGAAUCGGGUGAUACUGUUAGGUGCGGAGAAAGAUACAUCGCAUCGCGUGAAGCACUGGACGCAUAUCCGCAAGACGUCGGGCGCAACGCAUUAUGGGAGGCGGAAAGCGGACCCCGAGGAUCUGGCGUUCCUGGCGUACUCGUCCGGCACGACGGGACUGCCCAAGGGCGUCAUGCUCUCGCAUAGAAAUAUCGUCGCCGAUCUGCUCAUGAUACAAGGCGCACCGGGACAGUGGUAUUCCCCCGCGACUGACAAGUUCCUCGGCGUGCUGCCGUUCUUCCACAUCUACGGUCUGACAGGGUUAGUGCACCAGAUGCUGCACCGGGGCAUUGAGCUCGUCGUCAUGCCCGCUUUCGACAUGCAGACGUUCCUACAAACUAUACAAGACUGCAGGAUAACAUGCAUAUACGUCGCGCCGCCCAUCAUCGUGCGGCUCGCCCGCGAUAAAAUGGUGGAUAAAUACGACCUCUCGUCCGUCAAAAUGAUCACAAGCGGCGCCGCGCCGCUGACGCAGGAGCUCGUCGACGCAGUGCACACGCGCCUCGGCAUCAAAAUCAACCAAGCCUACGGACUUAGCGAAACAAGUCCAAUGACACACGCACAACCCUGGAACGAAUGGCACACCUCCAUCGGCUCCGUCGGGAAACUCUUCCCCAACAUGACCGCAAAAUACAUGUCCCCCUCGAACCACGAACUCGGCCCCGGCACCCCCGGCGAACUCUGGCUCCGCGGCCCCAACGUCUUCGCAGGCUACUGGCGCAACGCCGCCGCCACAGCAUCCUCCCUAACACCCGACGGCUUCUUCAAAACAGGGGACAUCGGCUUCCAAGACGCAGCCCAAAACUUCUACAUCACUGACCGCGUCAAGGAGUUGAUCAAGUACAAGGGUUUUCAGGUUGCGCCUGCGGAGCUGGAGGGGAAGUUGAUGCUGAAUGAGGGGGUGGCGGAUGUGGCUGUUAUUGGGGUUAAUGAUGAGCAUAUGCAUACUGAGGUGCCGAGGGCGUAUGUUGUGCUCGCUGCGGCUGGGGGGAGGGGGACGGAGGGUGAGGCGAGAAGGAUUGUGGAGUGGGUUAGGGAGAGGGUUGCGAAUCAUAAGAGGUUGAGGGGGGGUGUGGUGUUUGUGGAUGAGGUGCCGAAGUCGGCGUCGGGGAAGAUUUUGAGGCGCGUGUUGAAGGAGAGGAGUAAGGGGGAUGUGGCGUUGGGGUUGGAGGUUAGGGGGAAGCUGUAG